ACGCAAGAAUCGGUAAGAACCAUCAACAAAAGCUCAUAGACACAGACAGUAGUUUGUAUACACAUGAUGGCACAUCACGUCGUUUCACUGUACAUUCAAUUAAAACCAAGCUAGCUCUCCCUCCCUCCACAUCUCUUUCUGUCUGUCUGUCUCUCUGUCUGUCUCUCUCUCUCUCUCGCACUCAUUCUCUCUUUCUCUCUGUCUUUCUCCUGUAAAAUUCUUGCCAGUGAGUUUUAUUUUCUUCUCUCUUUUCUUUCUUUCUUUCUUUCUUUCUUUCUUUCUUUCUUUCUUUCGCUUCCCCUAAGUGGUCCCUUUACACAGAAGCUUGCUGAACAUUAUUUCAAACUGCGCCCAUUCGUCAAAUGCUUAAGUGAGCUGAAGAACUUACUGUAAAACAACAGAAACAGCGUCAUCUUGGCUGUUUGUAAUAUUAAAAAGCAAACGACGGCUGUUCUUUGGGAAUUAAAACUUACCACGGUGAAGAUUAAACUGAAAAGUAGCAGCAAUGACACAAGCCAAAUUGCAUAUACUAUACUUUGCCAUGUUAUAUCUGUUAUUCUUCGUUUCCAAAGUUGCAGGAAUCCGCUGUGUUCAGUGCAGUUCUCUGAAGAAUACUCUCUGUGUAUCGGGUAAAGUUCCACCUAGUCAAUGUACAUCGAUAGACUCUGGUGCAAACUUCUGCGUCAGGUACAUCGGGAAGUUAGAAACAGGUCGGAUCGUCUACCGUGACUGCAGUGAACGAGACAUGGGCAUACGCUGCAUGAGCAAAGUAACACUUAAUAACGAAACGGUUCGCGUGUGUGUAACAACUUGUUCAUUUGAUGGCUGUAACAGAGAAUCUGCAGAGGCCCCGGAAUUUCCAGCAAGUGCACAAGCCACAAACCUUCAGCUGCUUUUGUUACUUUUGCCCUUCUUUGUAGCGGCUGCCAGUAUGAGACAUCUCUGGGAAUGGGACACAUUCUGAGUCGACACAUUUGACAAUUCUCAAAAGUUUAUUAUAUCAAGUACAUUCACCAGCAUCACAACACUCUACAGCCAAGCUCUUAAGAACAUUAUCAGAUAUUCACCUUUUACAUUCACAGUAUGGUCCUAUCGACCCAAGCUUGCUAACUCUCUGUCCUACAGUAUCAGUGAUGCGGCCACAACUUUGAUUCUGCAAAACGCGCAAUUCAAUGAAGACGCGAAUAUUCAGAAACAAACAACCAACCGAACUCCCAUAUUUACUGUUGCUAUCUAAAUAAAAUAUAAACGCAUCCAAACAACAAAAUCUCCACUUAAAUAAGCUUCGGUCAUCUUGCAUCCAUUUUCCUUUUUGCUUCUUUUCACUUGCUUUUGUUGUUCUCUGCAUACAACUCUCACCCUCUCUUUUCCUCUUCCCUUUCUAUCCUUUUGUCUUCAGUAUUACUCCACAGCGUCAAUCUGUCUCCGCUACUUUGUCUUCUUAUGACUCCUAUAUUUAUACACCCUUUCUCUCACUCGUUUUCAUAUAAUUUUAUCACUGAAUCACAUCCUAUCUGUUUUCAUAUCUAUUCAUAUUUAUUUUCUACUUCCUAUUUGCCUUUCAUGCUUUCUUCCUCUUAACAUUUUUCGAUUCGAUCCUUUCCCUAGUUCUGACUUUCUGAUCUUUCGCUCUAUUUUCGUUGCCUUUGACUUUCUUCCUUCAGUGGACAGAAGAAAAAAAAAAGACAAAAAAAUAAACAAAAUACUUCCUUAGUAAAAACAACAUGGAAACACGGUGCCUUUUGUCAUUCUCUUCUAAAAUAAUCCAUCAGAUAUUUUCUCCUCGCUUAUCUGUGCUUUUUUAAAAGAAAGAAACCGAAACAGAAAAAAAAAAAGCAUCUUCUUGUUUGAUAUGACCUUCUAAUUUUUGCCUCUUGUGUGGCAAUAUUUAUAUAUCACCUUUGAAACUGUAACAUCACUCGUGUCAGUUGUUUUAUUUUGGAAACAGCUGGAGAAUAAAGAGAUAAUAGUUAUUUCA